AGGCUAUCUGACGUUUGAUCUCCUUUCUCUGUUUCGCUCCCGAGGAGGAUAGGUUUGUUUUCAUACGGAAACGUUUCCGUAUGAAAAUAUUAAACAAAAAAUUGCUAUCUUCUGUGUCUGCUUGAGAGAGAAGGGUGAUGAGCGCUAAAUUGCCUUAUACACAAACUCAAAUCAAUCGGUUUGAAAUUGACUCAGUUAUAGCGACAAGUGCCCAAAAUAGACACCUACCGGGACGGCAUCGAGCAUAAAUUCCACCAACCGCCGCUACCGAUGGUUCCGGCGAUGUACACCCAGCCACCGCCGCAACUCCCGCCGCCUCACGUUCUGGCCGCUCAACAGCAGCAGCAAUCCGCUCGUCAGCCUCGCACGGCCGGCCCCAAUCACUACAAUCUGCCGCCGCCUCCGGUGAUUCCAAGCUACAUCCAGCAGCAGCCUCCGCCAGCGCUUCCAAUCGUCGCGGCCAAACAGGACACCGCCACGAACACCCCGGCCAUCAUGAGUGUUCCACCGCCUCCGCUGCCACCGGUUGUCGUCCCGGCGGCGGCGGCCAUACCGACCGUGCAAGCCGUCAUCCUGCCAGCUGGACCGCCUCCGGUGGCCACCUCCAGUAGCAGUAGCAAUACGAACCCUGCGGCCGUAACCGCAGCUGGCGUCAUCAGCAGCAGUAGCAACAACCAAACCAUGACCAGUAGUAGCGGCAGCAGCAGUAGUAUCAACAGCUGUCUGUUCGUAGGUGUCACUUCAACAGGAACCGAAGCCUCAGCGGCAGCCGGCGGCGGCUCAGCAACAACAGCAGCCGCAGCAGCAGAUACAAAACAGUGCGCAGCCUCCGACUCGGGAGAAAAUCAAGGAGAUCAACCUGCGGUUUAUUGCGCCCGACCAGCUGCAGACAAUCCACAAUCACGAUAAGAUUGUGAACUUCAUCGGGAUGGAUCGGUACCUAUUGAUGGCAAGAGCGCUUUAACGAUUGGGCCGGAAACGAGUUUCCACGACCAGAAAGGACCGGCAUAGCGAUAUUUGCAAAAGUUAACAUUUCGGAUCACUUCAUUAUUAUUAUUAGUAUUAUUUGUCUUUAUUAACGAGACUUUAAGUCCGCAGCUGGUUCGUCUCCAUCACUAUUUCUUUCCAUCAUUCCAUAUUGUCAUCUUGAAAAUAUUUUCACUCUCAACGUUCAUGAUAACCAAAAUGAUAACUGUAUUUUUUUUAAAUGCAUACCGUCUGAUAGGUACGAAUAAAAUUUAUUUUAUUUAAACUUACAUGAAACUCUUUUCACUUCACGGUUCUCCCUAGACCAGGGGUUUUCAGACCUUU